AGCUGUGUCCAGCAGUAUUAUCUAUUUGUUUUAUUCUGCUUAUAUGAUACGAUUAGACUUAUAUUAGUUUGUCUUUCAUUUUUAAAGGUCUACUUAUAAGAUAACCAAUUGAAUGUUAUUUCCAAUUUUGAGCAAAGGGUGUGGACUAAUUAGAAACUUUAGACUGACAUCUUGCUUGGCUGAGCUCAAUUGCUCUGACUUGACAUAGUUGUUGAUAGUUAAAUUACUGUUCUAAUGGCAUAACGUAUUCACUGUUAAUAGAGUAUCCUGCUUAGUUUUUUCUUUGGCUACGCAUAUGGACGGAUGUUUAAUGGGCAAAUGCUCAAUUUUGCCAAUAACUAUGGCUUUGAUAUGUUUUUUCCUCUAGCAUUCGCUAGUUGUCUAUUUUAAAAAAACAACAACAUAUCCAAUGUUAUUCGCACAAGUGGGGUUUGGGAAAGAUAGAGUGUACAUAGACCUUACCCCUACCUCAUGGUGAUAGAGAGGCUGUUUCAAAGACCCUCGGCUCAAGUGACACAUAACAAGGCACUUUGAAAAAGGCGCCAUUUGUCUCUUUUGAAAUUGAUAUAGCAUUUAAAUAUUUUUAAGGGAUUAAUUUGCAUUGAUAUAGUAUUUAAAAUUCUGGAUGUAUUAUGCAGUUAUGGUUCUAUAUGCGUUGAUUGCAUGUUUUUCGAAUGUGUGGAACAACCUUUUACCACCAGGUUUUUUACAAAUUCAGUAUCUUAUUUCAAUUCCCUUUGCAGUUAAAUAUGGUGCAAAAGAGGCCAUAUAGUGAAGAGAAGUUGUAUGAGGUUUCAUCGAAGCAGCCAAGACAUGUAGAAUCGAACAGUCGGCUAGUUCCGGUUUUGGACUAUUUUCAUCAUGAAUCAGUGGCUAUGAUGAAGCGUUGUGCUUCAGGUGGAGAUGGAGGUAAUAACAAGAAACCUGAUAGUGGCAACAUUGCUGAAACUCCCUUUUCUCCUGAUCAAGAUGUCGAUACAUGCAUUGAUGGCUCUGCUUCAAACUCUUCUUGGCCCACUAGUAGCACUAGUGAAGAAGACAUCGGGUUUGAGGUGCCUUUUGACACAUUGAGGUCACCUGAAUAUUAUAUUCCAUCGAGGACUAUUACUCAUCCGAGGGAGGUAUAUUUCUCUCUUUUGAGAAAUUCUCCUCAAAAGUUGGUUCCUAUUGGACCAGAUUUCCAAGCUGAAUUGCCUGAAUGGAGUGGACACAGUAGUAAGGAUGAACCUAUCAUGGAGGAAACACAUGAGAACAUGAAUCUUCCUUCUCAAGCUCUAGAAUCUUAUCGUGUUGAUCAUUUUUGUGAUGAAAAUAAACUUGCAGGGACGUGUAUCAUUCCAAUGCAUAAUGCAGAGUUACCUGCAGACAAGGGGGAGAUUGCUGGGGUGGAAAGAGUUGAAUGUUCUUGUGAGGAUAAAGGUUCCAUGAAAUGUGUUCGACUGCACAUCAAGGAAGCCAGAGAAAAACUUAAGAUAUCCCUUGGUGAGGAGACAUUCGUUAGGCUGGGUUUUUGUGGUGUGGGAGAGGUAGUGACAGAGAAAUGGCGUGAAGAGGAAGGGGAUUUAUUUCAUGAGGUUGUAUUCUCAAAUCCUGCUUCUCUAGGCAAGGAUUUCUGGAACAAGCUUGCUAUCAAAUUUCCUUCACGGACCAGGAAGGAACUUGUCAGCUAUUACUUUAACAUCUUUAUUUUGCGAAAACGUGCCAAGCAGAACAGAUUUGAUCCAUCCAACGUCGACAGUGAUAAUGAUGAAUGGCAGGAGAUUGAUGACACUGCUGAUGACAAAGAUAAUAUGACGGAUGAAGAUGAGGAUUCUGUGGUAGAAUCACCAGAAUAUAACAAUAGUCUUGGCUGUAAUGAGAUUUAUAGGGAUGAUAUUCAGGCAUAUUAUGAGAAUGUUGGUUUCACAGUUUGGGAAGUCUAUAAACCUCUAGGCUUUGGUAGCAGGAAGGUCUUCACUGAGUUGUCGGCAGCAGAAUGCCCUGAUAAAUUAUUUGAUACUAACUGCAGUUCUAAACCCACUAUUCAGCAUCUAAACAGAGGCGUUUCAGAUGAAGCUGGUAGUUAUGAUGGCUCCUGUACACGUGAUGCGCCGGGGGUAGCUCCAGAAACACCUCUAGGAAAGACUGUCAAUGGUAGACAUUGGGCAAGUGAUUUUGCCUGUAUUGGCAGCGACAAUGGGCAUGACUUUUUGUUGGGACCGUGCGGUGUUAAAGAAUGGGAUAUCGGGUAUUUGUGCUGUGCCAAGAAUGAAGUUGACUUAUUACCAACCCACACUAUGAUCGAAGAAGUAUUUGGUGAUGGAGCUUGGAGUUACAAGAGCAGAAGAGAUGGUCACGGCUUAAGCUGAGUGAUGCUAAAGUUACGUCAAUGUUGUUGGCUGAACUUCCUAAAGAUGCUUCUUGCUGAGUAUAUAUUCCAGAAUUUCUUGUAUAUCAUAAUUGAUGGAAGGAGGAAAUUUUUACUUAGAUGUAAGAAGCUAUUCUGCAAGGGUGUUACAGUAACUUAAGUUAUGCCUGGACUUUUUUCAAUCCGUACAGUUGCUAUUGUUUCUUUAUUUAGCACCAGUCUGUGUUUCUGUAGAGAACUCUUUUGAGUUUUGACUUAGUUACCUUAGGUGCUUAAGAUUUGUGUAAAUACAAGGAAUGGCCAAACUGGGCCAGGUUUCCAAAAUGGAUAGGUUUCUCAAACUUUAUACCAUUGUUUUUAUACAAGCGGACAUUGUAAAUAA